AUGAAAAAAACAAAAGAUAUUGGAAUUUGUGCAAUUGACAUUUAUUUCCCACAAACCUAUGUAAAUCAAAGUGAAUUAAAGAAAUAUGAUAAAGUGUCAAAUGGUAAAUAUACAAUUGGAUUAGGACAAACCAAUAUGUCAUUCGUUGGAGAUAGAGAAGAUAUAGUAUCGAUGGCAAUGACAUCAGUUAAAAUGAUGAUGUCAAAAUAUAGCAUUGACUAUCAAUCAAUUGGUAGACUAGAAGUUGGUACAGAAACAAUCAUUGAUAAAUCGAAAUCAGUGAAAUCAUCAAUAAUGUCAUUAUUUCAAGAAUAUGGUAACACAUCAUUAGAAGGCGUCGAUACAUUGAAUGCAUGUUAUGGUGGUACCAAUGCAUUAUUUAACAGUUUACAAUGGAUUGAAUCAAGUUAUUGGGAUGGUAGAUAUGCGUUAGUGGUAACUGGCGAUAUCGCAGUCUAUAGCAAAGGUGCAGCUCGUCCCACUGGUGGUGCUGGUGUCGUCACAAUGCUAAUUGGUCCAAAUGCAACAUUAAUAUUCGACCAAUCAUUACGUGGCACUCAUAUGGAGAAUGUGAACGAUUUCUAUAAACCUGACCUAUCAAGUGAAUACCCCUAUGUUGAUGGUAAAUUAUCAAUUGAAUGUUAUUUAAGAGCAUUAGACAAAUGUUAUUUAGAAUAUAAAAAAAAAUUUGAAUCAAUCAAUGAUGAUAAUAAAUUUUCAAUGGAUUCUUUUGAUUAUGUUUGUUUUCAUUCACCUUAUAAUAGAUUAGUUCAAAAAUCAUACGCUAGAUUAAUAUAUAAUGACUUUUUACAAAAUCCAAAUAACCCAAAAUAUCAAGACCUUUUACCUUUUAAAGAUUUAUCAACUGGUAAAGACAGUUAUAUAAAUUCAAAACUCGAUCAAAUCACUCUAAAAUUAUCAUUGGAUGAUUUUAAAACUAAAGUUAAUCCUUCAACUUUACUCUCAAAAGAAUGUGGUAAUAGUUAUUGUGGUUCAGUUUAUAGUGGUAUUUUAUCAUUAUUAUCAAAUGUUAAUGAUUUAAAUAAUAAAAAAGUAUUAGUUUUCUCUUAUGGAUCAGGUUUAGCGGCAUCUUUGUUUUCAUUUAGAAUUAAUAAUAAUAAAAAUAGAAAUAAUAAUAAUAAUAAUAAUAAUUGCUUUUUUAAAACAACAAAUGAUAUUGGAAAGAUUUCAAAUAUAAAAGAACGUUUAUCAAAUAGGGUUAAAGUUUCACCUGAAGAGUUUACAAGAAUUUUAGAUAUUAGAGAAAAGAGUCAUCAAAUGGUUGGUGCUCGUACACCAAUUGAUACUCUUGAUUAUAUUUCAGCUGGUACUUUUUAUCUUGAAAAAAUUGAUGAAAAGUUAAUAAGACAUUAUAAGUCUAAGCCAAUUAUAUCUUCAAAAUUGUAA